GUGACCUUACUUAACUUCAUGAUCACACCACUCGGUCUAGAGGACCAGCUUCUUGGUAUUGUGGCUGCUAAAGAGAAGCCUGAGCUUGAAGAAAAGAAGAAUGAACUGAUCGUCGAGGGAGCGAAGAAUAAGAAACAGCUUAAAGAAAUCGAGGACAAAAUUCUGGAGGUUCUAUCGUCAUCCGAGGGCAAUAUUCUUGAGGACGAAACGGCCAUUAAGAUUCUCUCUUCUUCUAAAGUUCUCUCUGAAGAAAUUUCUGCUAAACAGGAAAUUGCCACAGCUACAGAACAAGAGAUCGACGAGACUCGUAAUGGAUACCAACCUGUAGCUACGCAUUCGUCUGUGUUGUUUUUCUGUAUAUCUGACUUGGCGAACAUUGAACCUAUGUACCAGUACUCGUUAACAUGGUUUAUUAACUUAUAUCUACAGUCAAUAAACAACAGCAAGCGAUCAUCUGUUCUCGAAGAACGCAUCGAGUACUUGAACGAUCACUUCACACAGAGCAUAUAUUCGAACGUUUGUCGAUCUUUAUUUGAGAAAGAUAAACUUCUUUUCUCGUUUGUUCUUACUGUGGGGAUCUUAAAAAGCAGGAAUAAAAUCGACGAUCAAGUGUGGCGGUUUUUCCUUACUGGUGGUGUAGCGCUGGARAAUCCAUAUCCCAAUCCUUGUCCUGAAUGGCUGCUUGAUAAGAGUUGGUCUGAGAUCGUGCGUGCUUCAGAUUUACCAAAUAUUAAAAACCUUAAAGACGAUAUGGCGGAUCCUGGUUGGAAAACAUUCUAUGAUUCAUCCACGCCUCAGACGGAAAAGAUGCCUGAUCCAUGGGACCUCUUGUCUGGAUUAGACAGGAUGGUAGUACUGAGGUGUUUAAGACCUGAUAAAGUCGUCCCUGCCGUUCAG